UGCGCUUUGAAUCUAAAUUUAUCGGUCGUUCUUCGUUGCAGCGUGGAGUGGUAAAGUGACAGCUAAUCCGCGUAGGGGUUAUAUCGGGGAUAGUCAGUGAAACGAAGCAUGGUGAGGAACCGAACAGUAAAUCAUUAUUUAGUUACGUACAAUGUAAAGUGUAGUAUGAUGGGUGCGUUAUUGUGACAAACAGAGUGAUUAUAGUGUCUCACAAAGUGUAGUUGAUGUUUUACGAAUUAAAAUAAAAGCCAAAACUUACCAAAUCUAUGAUAUUUUUAUCUAAAGUAAUACUGGCAUUAUUUUAAAGGACAAAGUUCUACAUUAUUUAUUGAAUUCAACAAUUAAAAUGGCGGAUGAGGAAAUCAACAACACGUGCGAGGACUCCCUUGGUCCCACUGAUGCCAAUACGGCUUUUGCUAAAAAGUUAAGGGGUCGAAAAGGUGCUUUAAAGAAAAAAAAUGUUUACGUCGUAAAAAAUCAUAGCUUCAUGCCGCGCUUUUUCAAACAGCCGACGUUUUGUAGUCAUUGCAAGGAUUUCAUAUGGGGAUUUGGAAAGCAGGGUUAUCAGUGCCAAGUGUGCAGUUUCGUAGUUCAUAAAAGAUGUCAUGAAUAUGUAACCUUUACGUGUCCUGGAGCUGAUAAGGGUGCCGAUUCUGACGCGGCGAGUGCACCUCAUAAAUGGGAUGUUUUUACUUACCUAACACCAACUUUUUGUGAUCAUUGCGGUUCGAUGCUUCAUGGUGUAGCUCACCAGGGUCUCAAAUGUUCAGCAUGUGACAUGAACGUCCAUAAGAGAUGUGAAGAGAGCGUACCAAAUCUUUGUGGAUGUGAUCAUACUGAAAGGCGUGGAAGAAUACAACUGCAUAUCACUUGUUUUGGAAAUAAACUUACAGUCGAAGUCAAGCAAGGAAGAAAUCUAAUUCCCAUGGAUCCUAAUGGACUUUCUGAUCCUUACGUAAAACUGAAACUUAUCCCAGAUUCAGAUAGCGUAAAGAAAAAGACAAAGACAGUAAAAUCUUCCUUAAAUCCAGAAUGGAACGAAACAAUCAAUUUUGAUCUAAGGCAAGAAGAUAAGGACCGAAGGCUUUUAAUUGAAGUAUGGGACUGGGAUCGAACAUCGCGCAAUGAUUUUAUGGGAUCCCUUUCUUUUGGUAUAUCUGAACUCAUUAAAGCUCCGGCCAGUGGAUGGUUUAAACUAUUGACUCAAGAAGAAGGAGAAUUUUACAACGUCCCUGUACCUGAAGAAGGAGUUGAUCUUGCUGAACUCAAAUCUAAAAUGAGAAAAACUUCUGUCACUAAGAAGACUCCCGUGGGCCAGGAUAAGGAUGUACCUCACAAUAUGGGCAAGAGUGACUUGAUACGAGCAAGUGAUUUCAAUUUUUUGAUGGUUCUGGGUAAAGGGAGCUUUGGAAAGGUGUUGUUAGCCGAAAGAAAGGGUACUGACGAACUAUACGCUAUCAAAAUUCUUAAGAAGGAUAUCAUAAUACAAGAUGACGAUGUGGAAUGUACAAUGGUUGAGAAACGUGUACUAGCGCUUUCAAAUAAGCCACCAUUUCUUGUGCAACUUCAUUCCUGCUUUCAAACCAUGGAUCGUCUGUAUUUUGUAAUGGAGUAUGUUAAUGGUGGUGAUUUGAUGUUCCAAAUACAACAGUGUGGGAAAUUCAAAGAACCAGUAGCAGUGUUCUAUGCCGCAGAAACAGCUAUCGGCUUAUUCUACUUACACUCCCGAGGAAUUGUAUAUCGUGACUUGAAACUAGAUAACGUUCUCCUGGAUCAAGAUGGUCACAUAAAAAUAGCAGACUUUGGCAUGUGCAAAGAAGGUAUCACAGGAGACAAAACAACGAAAACUUUUUGUGGUACACCGGAUUAUAUUGCACCUGAGAUAAUUUUAUACCAGCCUUAUGGAAAAUCGGUGGAUUGGUGGGCCUAUGGUGUGCUUCUGUAUGAAAUGCUUGUUGGUCAGCCUCCUUUCGAUGGUGAAGACGAAGAAGAAUUAUUUGCUGCUAUUACUGAUCAUAACGUGAGCUAUCCAAAAAAUUUAUCAAAGGAGGCGAAAGAAGUUUGCAAAGGCUUCCUUACCAAAAAUCCAAAUAAGAGGUUAGGAUGUGGACUUCGUGGCGAAGAUGAUGUUCGAAUUCAUGGAUUUUUUCGACGCAUUGAUUGGGAGAAGAUUGAAAAUCGAGAAGUACAACCACCAUUUAAACCAAAGAUUAAACAUCGGAAGGACGUAAGCAAUUUUGAUAAACAGUUUACUUCGGAAAAAACAGACCUCACGCCUACCGACAAGCUGUUCAUGAUGAACCUCGAUCAAACAGAAUUUAUGGGAUUUUCAUUUUUGAAUCCAGAAUUUGUACAGCAUAUUUAGUGAACUAUUUUUCGCAAAUUUUUCCUAUUUUCUACAUAUUUAACUACGUUUCGCAUUAUUUUAUUUCCUGUACAAUCUCAUUAUCCGAGCUUAUUUCUAUACUCGUAUACUUCCGUCACUUACGAAAUACUUAUUCGUUCUUAAAAUCUAAAAUCACGCAGUGUAUGUAAUUUCUUUCAAGCAAAUAAUUAUUUCUCUAGCAUCUAGGUUAAGAUAUUAGACUUUUUAUUAUAGUUUACACAUACUACUAUAUAGGAAUAAUACAUUAGUGGAUGCAAUGGAUUUCUAUUACUAAAAAUGAGUUUACAUUGAAAUAGACAAAAUAUAAAAUAUACUUCGAAAAGUGAAACAGAAAAGACAGUGGAAGAAAAGUCUUAAGCCUUUCGAUAUAUAGAGGAAAUGAAUGAUUAUUAUCCUUGUGGACAAUAUAGGCUAUGCUGAAAAAUAAUAAUUUAGUAAGUAAAAUAGUAACAGUAUGAAAAAUGUGUUGAUAUCAGACAAGUGAAAAUAUAUGAAUAAAAAUUUAAGUAUGUAACAAAAAA